CUGAGCUACAACGUGUUGUCACCCUCCUGUGCGGCAGGUGGCAGCACAUUGACGUGUAACCAAGCAGCGGAGGCGAAUAAGCAGCGUACAGUAACAAGCAGUGAAAGGUUAUCUCGUAGUGACCGGGUGGAACACAAACAUGCAGAACUUGGUGGUGCAGUCACUUGCCAUGAGGCAGCUCGGGCGGCUGAACCCCCGCCACCUGCUGGCUGCUGAAUAUGGACUGAGGCAGAGUAGAUGGUGUCCCAGGAGCAUACACACACGCCAGCUGUGGGGCUGCUCGUCAUUCCCCAUGUUUGGCUGUCACAGGCCGACCCCCCACGGCAGAGACUCUCUCAGGAGCUGGUCCGUUCAUCAUCUGAGAUCCAAAAGCAUCAGGAAGAAAGAAACUGCUCCGACAGCACAGAUGGAGGAGGAAGAUGAGGAUGAGAAAGACCCAGAGGACAACGACGAUGAUGAUCAGGUGGAUAUGGACCCAAAUCAACCAAAGGAAUAUAAAGAUAUGGAAAAGUAUGUUAAGUCUUUCCGGUACGAUGGCAUCAUGAAGGCUGGUCUGGACAUGGCAAAUAAAAAGAUUGAAGAUGCCUUUUACAGCAAUAAACUCCGGCUAAACGGGCAGAAACUCAUCAAAAAAAGUAAAAUGGUGAAAGCUGGGGACACGUUAGACAUGGUCCUGUCAGAGAACCAAGCAGGAGACACUGUUACCUUGAUGAGAGUCAUCGUGAGAAGUGUUUUUGAGGAAACCAGUAAAAAAGAAAAGUACAAAGUUGCCAUCAGGCGCUGGAAAUCUAUAGAGCUAUCCAAGGACGAGGCCUUUAAGCCAUGAACUUGAAUGGGACGGGAAGAGACUGUAAUGCCAGCAAGGCUACAACACAGACAUGGUAUGACUGGCAGUUUGAAUGAUCUCCAAGAAGUUGGAUUGAGAAUCAAUAACAGAUGUAUGAUAUAAAGAUGAACAUUUCUCAAUGGUUGUAGACAUUCAGCAGUUGGCUGGGAGAAAUAUUUGGAUUGUUUCCCUUUCCCCACCAUAAACUCUGCGAGUCCAAUAAAUGUGCACUUUGAA